ACGGAGCUUCCUCGAACCCGGAGUGGCUGCCACGCUUUGCAAGGACACCGUAGAGGGGCAUGUCCGCGCUGCGACUUCCUCCCGACGCCGCCUCUGAUUGGCUCCUGGGCUUAUAAGACACGCGUGGGUGAGCAGCUGCCGCGGGCAGAAACUUGCCGGAGGUCUCCGGGUGGCAGCGCGCUGUCCUCCUCGCCAGCCCGCGCGCGCCCAGCCGAGGGCGCGGGGCAAAGAUGAGGUCAUCGUGCGUCCUGCUUGCGGCCCUGGUGGCGCUGGCCGCCUAUUACAUCUACAUCCCGCUGCCCAGCUCCGUGUCCGACCCCUGGAAGCUGAUGCUGCUGGACGCCACUUUCCGGGGUGCACAGCAAGUGAGCAACCUGAUCCACUACCUGGGACUGAGCCAUCACCUGCUAGCGCUGAAUUUUAUCAUCGUUUCUUUUGGCAAAAAAAGCGCGUGGUCUUCUGCCCAAGUGAAGGUGACGGACACGGACUUCGAUGGUGUAGAAGUCAGAGUGUUUGAAGGUCCUCCGAAGCCUGAAGAGCCACUGAAACGCAGUGUGGUUUAUGUCCACGGAGGAGGCUGGGCAUUGGCAAGUGCAAAAAUCAGGUAUUAUGAUGAGCUGUGUACAGCAAUGGCUGAGGAGCUGAAUGCUGUCAUUGUCUCCAUUGAAUACCGGCUAGUUCCAAAGGUUUAUUUUCCUGAGCAAAUUAAUGAUGUUGUACGAGCCACAAAGUACUUCCUGGAGCCAAAAGUCUUAGAGAAGUAUAUGGUUGAUCCAGGCAGAAUUUGCAUUUCUGGUGACAGUGCUGGUGGAAAUCUGGCUGCUGCCGUUGGUCAACAGUUUACUCAAGAUGCCAGCCUAAAAAAUAAGCUCAAACUGCAAGCUUUAAUCUAUCCAGUUCUUCAAGCUUUAGAUUUUAACACACCAUCUUAUCAGCAAAAUAUGAACACCCCAAUCCUGCCCCGCUACGUCAUGGUGAAGUAUUGGGUGGACUACUUCAAAGGCAACUAUGACUUUGUCGAGGCAAUGAUCGUUAACAAUCACACUUCGCUUGAUGUGGAAGAGGCUGCUGCCCUCAGGGCCCGUCUGAACUGGACAUCCCUCUUGCCCGCAUCCAUCGUAAAGAAUUACAAGCCUGUUGUGCAGACCACAGGCAAUGCCAGGAUUGUCCGGGAGCUUCCUCAGUUGCUGGAUGCCCGCUCCGCCCCGCUCAUUGCGGACCAGGUGGUGCUACAGGACCUCCCAAAGACCUACAUUCUGACGUGUGAGCAUGAUGUCCUCAGAGACGAUGGGAUCAUGUAUGCCAAGCGUUUGGAGAGUGCUGGUGUGGAGGUGACCCUGGAUUACUUUGAGGAUGGCUUUCAUGGAUGUAUGAUUUUCACCAGCUGGCCCACCAACUUCUCAGUGGGAAUCCGGACUAGGAAUAGUUAUAUCAACUGGCUGGAUCAAAACCUGUAAAGGGGCAAAACUUCCAGAAGGCUCGAGCCUCUCUUGCCCUCCUGUAUCUGCUUUGGAAAGACAUGCACUUUUUAGUUGACUAAUUCUUUCUCCCAUCCCCCUUUAUUUGUGAGUUAUGGAAUCUCUAGUCCAUAACUGAAGACUUUGUGAUAACCUAAUUUUAAAAAAUGAAUUUAACUAACUUAAGCGCAAAAACAUCUGAAUUUGGUUCCCAGAGUGGGCCAGUCUCUCUGUUCUUGUUAUUUUAGCCAACUAUACUCAUACAUAGAGCUACAGAAAGCAGGACUAGGAACCGGAAAUAGCUUUGGGUCCCGCCUCCGUCAGGAUGUUCUUUUCAGAAGCAGUUCUUCCAGCUGUGGAUCGUAGAAUGACCUUUAAGAAGUUAAGAAAACGUGGACUCCUCAAUUCUGCUAGAGUUUACCUUGAGUUCAGAGCAGUGUUAGUUAAAUGUGUGCACUUUCAGGUCAGUACUGAGGACCAAGUACCCUCUGUUCUUUCUGAAUGAAUGGUUUUGUUUCCUAUGGGAAUUUUGGCAAAGGCUUUCUAGAAAGAACAAGUUUCUCAAAGGACUUUCUUCCUCUAGAGUGUUCAUUUUAUAACUAUCUGUAAGUCCAGCUGGAUUACAGUGAUACUUGAAAGUUACUUUCCACCACUGUUAUUAGAAAAUAUGGAGUUGCAUGCACUGGAUAUCUAUACAGCAUUAAGUUUUUGUUGCUUUUCGGUUAUGCUGUCCCCCUUUCUCCUUGAGGAGAUCUUUGGGACCAAAUUUAUUUAGAUUUAGAGUAAACUUUUCAUUAUAGAACAGGUAAAAACAGAUAAAUACAACAACCUAUUAUUUCACGUAAAAAUACUUCUGACAUAAGGUAACAAGAGCACUGUGUAUAUAUUUGGCAUAGUCAAAAAAAUGCAUUUAAUAUUAGUUUAAAAUUAUGAAAAAUACCUUUAACAGGUCUAGUCUAUUCUUGAAAACACAAUUUUUUCACUUAUAUGGCUUUAAAUGGAGCUAUUUUGGUACAAUAUAAUGUACUGUUUAUUUUUUUAAGUUAUUUAAUGUUAGUAUACAUAGCUAGGCUUAAGGUUUUUCAGAAAGAUGUCUGUCAUAAAUAUUAAAAACAAUGGUAUUUUUUAAAAAACCACCUUAGGGUUUUAAAACCUUCCCUGCAAUUAUAACCAUAUAUAAUUCUGUGGAAAUCAUAUAAUAGCUAUUACUACCACUAUUCCAUAGGCAAAUAUUUUCAUGUUUGUAUGCAUAUACAAGUUAAAAUAAUUAGAAAUGAUGACUGCACCUAGUAAAGUCAUCUAAGUUUAUAGUUAAGUAGCUUAGGCAAGGCACACACUGCUCAGCUCUGCUUUUUAGGGUCAGAGGAACAGAAGCUCAUAUGUUGGGUGAAGGGUUCACACUGGUACCCAGUGCCUAGAUCCCUCAUUUCCUUCCAGCCAGGUCUGGAAGUUUCAACAGCCAAGCUUAACUCCAUGUGAAGUCUUCACUGCCAAUGGGAACAUCUUUGACACAAGACAGUCCCAUGCUGAUGUGAGUUGAGCAUCUCUGCCUGCUUUCCUGCCAUCCUUCCUUCCUCCCCAAUGCUACUCUUAGGGGCUGCAGAGAGCAGCCAUAGAGCCCAGUCAUGCUACAGUGCACCACGGAGAGAAAGUAGAACCAUUUCACUCCUGGGAAGCAUGGGUAUUUCCCACCUCCAGCUAUGAAAUAGCAAAUACAAAUUUGCCUACUUAUUGUAUUGUAUGAGCCAGUAGCGUUUUGUGUACAAAACAGAAGUCAGUGCAACAGUAUGUCUGUGUGCCUGUGUGUGUAUAAAAAUAACCACUGACACUAACUUGCUAAUGUACUUAGGCAAGCCACUUAUCAUCUCUGGGCCUCUUCUUUCCUCCCUCUAAAAUCAAAGAGCUGAAUUAUGUGAUCCUUGAGGUCUCUUCCAUCCCUUCCAGCUAUAAAUACCAACUGUUUUGUCAGACUGGCAAAUCGUAUUUGCCUCUUCUUAUGUAGUGGUUUCUUGGUAGGUCAUAGUUCCUUAUACACGAGACACAUACAUCAUCGAGGGUCUUUUUUUU